UGUAGCAGCACUCAAUAUGCUAGAUCAGAAAGUUGAGAUAGAAACAAUCCCAUUUUUCUGGACUCAGAUUUUCGGCAAAAGUGUCAGAUAUGCAGGAUUCAAUGAAGGCUUUGAUGAUGUUGUUGUUACUGGUGACCUAGAUGAACUCAAAUUUGUAGCUUACUACAUCAAGGACAACAUUGUUGUUGCCAUGGCCAGUAUGAACUCUGACCCUAUUGUUUCACAGUUUGCCGAGCUGCUAGCAAGUGGGAGUGAACUAAAUAAAUCAGAAAUACAGUCUGAUCCUAGUCAAUGGUCAAGUAAGUUAUGAAAUCCCUCUGAUCUCAAUGAUACUACACACCUCUAGCAUUAAGACCACCCCAAUCAACUGAGGAUCAUCGGCCGAUUGUCGCACCUCAAUCAACUGAUGAUCAUCGGCCGAUUGUCGCACCUCAAUCAACUGAGGAUCAUCGGCCGAUUGUCGCACCCAAUAAUCCAAUGACUAUCGUAACCCAUCAGCAAUUAGCAUUAUUACUAAUCUAUGAGUAUGGAAGUGAAAGAUAAUGGCCUGUAUUCUGAACUGUGGUCAUCUGAAGUCACUGUUUAAAUUCAUAUUGCCAAUUGUGAGACAAAUUGAUCUAAAUUCAUUCAUAACUGUCUGGGAAUAAUCAGUUUAAGUUACUUUUUAAAGCAUACUUUUAUUUUUCAUGUGUAGAAAUUGUGUUUGAUGACACAGCUCAUUUAAUUACUUAAUUCAGAAGCCCUGAGAGUUUGAAAGGGGGAUCUAAUUCAUUAAGGGCAAGUCCCAAAAUACAAGCAUAAAUCCUUGAUUAAAUGCAAAUUUGUAGUUGAUUAGUUGAAAUUCAACUUUCUUGUAACGCUUCCUUAUACUUCGAAAUUUGGGGACUUUUGCUUGAUUUGCAAUUGAACUGAACUUUCUCACAAUGCCCCAUUAGCUCUCAUGAUGAGUAUGUACAACAUGAAUUAUCUUUUCACAUAAGUUUGUUCUCAAUAUCUUAUGUAUUAAAAUUGUAAAAAGUUGUAUAAUUCAAACAAGAGUCAAAAGUAAAUUCUGGUGUUGGAUUUUGUGGUUUUCAAUCAACAUCUCAGAUAUUAUUUUUACAGUAUCUUGACUUUGUCCCAUUCUAAUAUAUGAUCACUGAUUUAUUCACUAUUUGUGCUGUCAAAUAUUCUUUAGAUGAACAAAUUUGAGACCAAAGUUUAAUUUAUUGAAUUCUGCAAUGUACUAUAUAAAAUUAUGUUAUGAAUAAUGUAUUCUACUGUAUACUGUACUAUACAAGGAAAAAUAUAUGGAUUUAAUGUUUCUUUUUAUUAAAUGUGUUUAUGUAGGGCUCCUAUGGAAAGUUUUUUGCAAACCUCAAGUUGUUUUUGAGAAACAAUUACCAGUACUGCUGUAGAGCUGACACACUAUCUGAAGUUAUAUAUAUUUAACCAUUGCAUUAUAAGAAGAAAAUUUUCUUAUGGUGUGAAUAAUGUUAGGGUCUUUAACAUCUAUGCAUGCAGAACACUUGGAAUGAAUGUCAAGUUUUCCACUUCAAAUACAUGUUAUUACUAUUUGAGCAUUUUUUAUUUCCUUUUCUAUCCCCUCUCUCUUUCAUUCUCCCCAUCUUCAUCUCUCUCUCUUUCGCUCUCUCCUCUUCAUCUCUCUCUCUCCCAUCUUCAUCUCUCUCUCCCUCGCUCUCCCCUCUUCAUCUCUCUCUCUUCCGCUCUCCCCUCUUCAUCUCUCUCUCUUUCGCUCUCCCCUCUUCAUCUCUCUCUUUCGCUCUCCCCUCUUCAUCUCUCUUUUCUCUAUCCUCUCUCUAUAUCUAUUUGGUUGUUUGUUUUCUUUCUAAGAUAAUGGCUACUUUGCUCUGUACCAUUCAAUUAACUCAAUAAGAUCAUUCUUCAACAACGAUGAUGAUUAUACUUUUGCUUCGUCUAUUUCUUUAGAAGAGGGGGCGGAGGGUAGUUUCCAUUACUAUAUGGAACACAUAUAUUGAAUAUUGUAACAUAAGACUGAAUGAGAGCCUCUGUAUGAAUCAGUUUGUUCUAGUGUAUGUAUAUAUAUGAACAGGUUCAACUUUAUAUUCUUCCUUGCGUGCCUUUUCAUUACACAGCAGCUAUGCACUGGCAUUAAAGCCUGUUAACACUUAACAGGCAUGCCACUUUUCAGGUUAAACUAUAUCAAUUUAUUUUGAUGCCAUAGAAAUUACAUUUCAAUGUACAAAUUUCUUCAAUCUAGAUGAUUCACAGGAUUUUCUAUUUAUUCCAAUUGCCAUCCCUGAAACAAGGUAAACUGGAGUUGGUUUAAUCAUGUGGAUGAAUGAUAGAAAAAAAGUAUAAGAGAAAAAUCAUACACACUAAUUGAACGAAAUUAUUUGCAAUAUCUUUUGAAAAUAAAUUCAAAUACUAAAAUCUUAACCUUCAGAAUUAUUGUAAUUAUGUAUGACCCAUAUUCUCAAGUCUAGCUUAACUUUAAACCAUGAUCUAAAUCGGCUAAAUUAUGGGAAGGAGAAAAUGUAAAAAAAAAAAUUGCAGCUCAUUCAUCUCAUCUAGAAUUUUUCCCCCAUAUUUUAAAUGAUAGCUUUUCCAAUUUUAUUAUUGCGAAUACCUAAUUUGUUCAUAUUCUAGACUUCUACAAUAACUUCACAUACGACUCCAUAAUGAAGCCAUAUCUUCAGGCCACACUAAACCAGAGUAUGGGUCCAUUUCCCGAAGUGUCGUUAAAGAAAAGGGAGUCACUAUUUUGUGUGUGAUCAAGACUUGAAUUGUAAAUAAUAUUAUACAAUCAUUUAACUUAGUUAGACUAGGUGCCUAUGGUACUAACAUGUGUAGAGGAUGUGCAAAAGGGGAUAAAAUGUUAUGAUAUAUAAUAGAGAGUUGUCUUUUAUCAAGUUUAUGUAAUAUAUACAACAAGUGUUCUAGAGAUUUUUUAUACAAGUUAUAAUCAAUUUGUGUGAUAUAUUAUGUGUGUAUAUAAUAUAAUAAAAUGUAGCAUUGCAAUAAA